AAAAAUCAAACAUCAAGGUUUGAAAAUGAAAAAUGUAGCAUUUGUGUUGGUGUUAGCUUGCACAGCAAUAUGUGCUGCUGGAAUGACCAGACAAUACUUCCUCAGGAUAGAGGAGGUGUCUUGGAAUUACGCUCCAAGUGGGAAGAACAUUAUCCAGAAUGUAACACUGCAGGAGGAUGAAGAUGCCUCUGUGUUUUUAGUAAAAGGCCCCCAGCGCAUUGGCCCAGUCUACAAAAAGGCUGUUUACAAACAGUACAGUGACGCCACCUACAGGACGGAAGUACAGAAGCCCGAAUGGCUAGGUUACCUGGGGCCCUUGCUGAUGGCUGAGGAGGGGGACACAUUGAUUGUCCACCUUAAAAACAUAGCUUCCAGACCGUACAAUAUCCACCCACAUGGACUCAAUUACACUAAAGAUAAUGAGGGAGCCUUGUACCCAGAUGGCACUGGUCCAGAGCUGAAGAGGGAUGACGCCAUACCUCCUGGUGGAACAUUAACUUAUCAAUGGACCCUCCCAGAAUCCCACAGCCCAACAGCUGAGGAUAGUAACUGUAUGACCAGGUUCUACCACUCUCAUGUCCGCCCCCCUAAAGAUAUUAACUCAGGACUCAUCGGACCUCUUCUUAUCUGCAAAAGAGGAACUCUGGACCUCCAUGGUGAAAGGACAGCCGACUACACAUAUGCUCUGUUGUUCAUGGUGUCAGAUGAAAACCUCAGCUGGUAUCUUGAUGAAAACAUCAGGACACACAUCACAAAUCCCAUCAGAGACCUGAAGGAGAAUGAGGAUUUUAUGGAGAGCAACAAGAUGCAUGGGAUAAAUGGUUACCUUUAUGGUAAUCUACCCGGACUGACCAUGUGUCAGGGCAACAAGAUCAACUGGCACAUGAUUGGCCUUGGCAAUGAGGUGGACAUGCACUCAGUUCAUUUCCAUGGCCAGAUUUUAACCAUCCUGAACCACCACACAGACAUGGUCAGCCUUUUCCCUGCCUCCAGCACCACUGCUCAAAUGGUGGCUGACAACCCCGGAAACUGGCUUUUAACCUGCACCGUCAAUGAUCACCUGAUGGCUGGAAUGCAGGCUUUGUUUGAAAUAAAGAAAUGUUUCCCAAAUGUCCAUAAGCCACGUCCUCAUGGUGAGCUCAGGCAGUACUUCAUUGCAGCUGAAGAAGAGGUCUGGGAUUAUGCACCCACAAUACCAAGUGAAAGUGAGGCAGGGACAUUUGUAACUAAAGGGCCAAACCGCAUUGGGAGCCGAUAUAAGAAGGUUCGAUAUGUGGAAUAUACUGACAACACUUUCAUGACAAAGAUGUUACGAGGCCCGGAGGAGGAACAUCUAGGAAUUCUUGGUCCUGUGUUGCGAGCUGAGGAAAAAGACACGAUCAAGGUGAUUUUUAAGAACAAAGCCAGCCGGCCUUACACGAUCCAGCCACAUGGAGUUCAAUACACUAUUGAACAGGAUGGAACACUUUACUACAAUGAAUUAGAAGAGACACACACAGCAAAGAAACUACGGGAACUCAAGAGAGAGCCAAGGGUGGUGACUCCUCCUCCAGCUGCUCUGGUCAGACCUGGGGCAGUGUACACCUAUGAGUGGACAGUCCCUGUGGGUGCAGGUCCAGUGCAAGGGGAACCUGACUGUCUGACCUACCUGUACUACUCUGCAGUUAACCUUGUUAAAGACACAAGCUCUGGGUUGGUUGGACCUCUUCUUGUCUGUCGACCUAGAUCUCUGAAGAAAGGACAGCAGAAGAACUAUAACAAAGAGUUUCACCUCAUGGCCACAGUGUUUGAUGAGAACCUCAGUUGGUAUUUGGAUGAAAAUAUCCGCACAUUCACCACAGCUCCAAGCACUGUCAAUAAGGAGGACGAGGACUUCAUGGAGAGCAAUAAAAUGCAUGCAAUCAAUGGGUUUGUGUACAGGAAUCUGCCAGGCCUGACGAUGUGUAAGGGAGAUAAAACCACAUGGCACCUCUCGGGCCUGGGCACGGAGACAGACAUAAUCACCCUUUACUUCCAGGGAAACAGAUUUCUGUAUCGCCAAACCAGAAGAGACACCAUCAGUGUUUUCCCUCACAUCUCGCACACAGUUACUAUGGAGCCAGACAGCAUGGGUCAGUUUGAAGUUGUUUCUGCCACAGUGGACCACUACAAAGGUGGGAUGCGAGCCAACUACACAGUACAGAAGUGUAGUAUGUUUCAGCGUCAGACUGAUGUGAUGCUACAUUCAAAGACUUACUACAUUGCUGCUGUGGAAAUGGACUGGGACUACUCACCCAACCGCACCUGGGAGACUGAGAUGUUCAAAGGCCAUCAAAAUCCUGCUCCUGUCUUUUUGGACAAACAUGAUGGGUUCAUCGGUUCAGUUUACAAGAAGGUUGUCUACCAGCAGUUUACAAAUGACAAGUUCACCAGGAAAGUGGAAAGAACACCUGAUAUGGACCAUCUUGGUAUCAUGGGUCCAAUGAUUCAUUGCUCAGUUGGUGACAAAGUUAAGGUGGUUUUUAAGAAUAUGGCAUCCAGGCCUUAUUCUAUUCAUGCCCACGGGGUGAAGACAGAAUCUCCUGAUGUCUACCUAACCAAACCAGGUGAAACUCACACGUACACCUGGUACGUCAACAAAAACACCGGACCCACUGCAGAUCAAGAAGAGUGCUCUGUGUCAGCGUAUUACUCUACUGCUGAUGUUACCAAGGACCUGUACAGUGGACUCAUUGGUCCGUUGGUUAUAUGCCGCCGUAGCUGGUCACGGUCUUUUGGACUGAAGAAGGAAAUAGAAGAGUUUGCACUACUUUUUUUGGUUUUUGAUGAAAAUGAAAGCUGGUAUUUGGAUGAAAACAUCAGAAGGCACAUCAGGAAUCCCCGUCCAAACCUGAAGGAUGAUGAAACCUUCAUUGAGAGCAACAAAAUGCACGCUAUUAAUGGUUAUGUGUAUGCCAACUUGAAUGGACUGAUCAUGGAGGUGGGAGAUAAGGUGUACUGGUACCUGAUGGGAAUGGGCAAUGAAGUGGAUAUACACACUGUGCACUGGCAUGGUCAUAGUGUGGAAUACAAGCUCGGUGGAGGACCUCACCGUGUUGACUCAUAUGAGCUGUUCCCAGCCAUCUUUCAGACAGUGAAGAUGCGCCCUCAGUACCCUGGAACCUGGCUGCUCCACUGUCAUGUUACUGAUCACAUUUCAGCAGGAAUGGAGGCAAUGUAUACGGUCACUGAAAAAGCAAAAAGGGGUGGACUUUUUGGUUGAACUGCUGAUGAAAAUUGAUCCACACAGAACCUGACUAAACCAAGUUCAAUGUUAAUUUUUGUGCCCAGUUAACUGACUAUUUGAUAACAGACUUCCAAUGUAAAUAGUGACUGGUAGAA